AGUCGCCGUCGUAAGUUGACUCGAGCUGUCGCCAUCGCUUUUCCGCGCCCGUGAUCACGCGCGGGUUUACCCGCGCUGGCGCCGCCCCAGAAAGCAGCCGCCCGAGGCAAGGCGCAGGCCUUUAGAGUUCUGAUGGUGUGCGGCUUUGGCCUUGGCCCUGAGGCCACCUCCUGGCUGGGUGCAGCGGGCGCAUCAGUGGUGGGCGGUGGCGGCGCGAAGAGGGGCUUCGACUUUGCUUCCUGGGCCGCGCUGCCCGCGUCCAAGACCGCCUCCGGUGGCCGCCGCGCCUUCUCCGACGCCUCGUCCUUCGAGGACAAGGGUACGAAGAAGCCAGAGGGCGAAGACGACGAAAAGAAAGAGGGGGAGGGCGGCGCGGGCUGCUUCCCCGGCCGGGCCAGCGUCUACGUGAAGGGCCGCGGGCCCGUGCCGGUGAGUGAGCUGAGCCAGGGCGACUCCCUCCUCUGCGGCGACGUCGGCGCGGGGCAGCUGCUGUUCAGCCCCUUCUUGGGCCACAUGCACAUGGAGGUCUCCAACCCGGCGAGCUUCGUGUCCGUCAAGGCUGGUGCCACGGACGGCGCACCGCUUCUGCUCUCGCCAGAGCACCUGGUCUUCGCCGCGAGCUCCGAGGACGCUCUCCUCGUCGCGGUGCCGGCGGCGGCGCUUGCUGAGGGACAGUGGAUCUUGCGCGUCGACCCCCUCUGCGGCAGCUUCCGCCGCGUGCAGGUGUCGGAGGUGGGCGUGGUGUCCGACAAGGGCUUCUACGCGCCGCUCACGCAGUGCGGCACGGUCGUCGUCGAGGGCGCGCUGUGCAGCUGCUAUGCGGACGCGCUCCCCGCGACGCUCCCGGCGUGGCUGCGCAGCCUCGCCACCACGCACCAGGCCAUGCACCGCGCCGUCCUGCCCCUCCGGGUGGCCUCGCUCCUCGGCGCCGCGCCGCAGAAGGGCACCGUGGCGCGCGAGGGGAUCCACCCUUACUGCCGCAUGCUGAUGGCGCUUCCCAUGGCGAUGGCGUGAGGCUCUCGCGCGCGCGGGCGGCUCCGCUACGCGUGCGGCCCGCCAGUUCCCCUCGGCUCCCGGCAGCUCGGCUCCUCACGUGCAGCUCGUGGAGGUACAGCCCCGCGGGAAAGAAGCCUGCCUCCCCAGCCCGCGUCGCCCCCGGGAGGGGUCCCGCGUGCCCUGCAGGCAUGUUGCUCUCCAUUCCCUGGAGAUUGCCAGAGGGUCGCCCGCCUGCCACCGCGCA